AAAAAGGGAAAUAUUUCAGAAAGCUAGAGAAGCACUCGCUGUGUGUUCUUCAUAUUAGAAGAAACUAUUGGAUAGACUCUGGACAAAAAAGAAAUUUGAUUGCGCAUAGAGAGAGCAGUGCUGAAGAGAGAAGGAAACUCACAUAAGGCUGCCCACUGUAGCCUUCCCACCAGUACCACAGAGAGACGCCCAAACUGAGCACACUGCUGACAUGUCCACACUGAUCACUCUCACCCUGCUGGUCCUCGCGGCCAUGCCUGCAGCUGCCUUAUUCCUGCCUGACUCUAAAGAGCUGCGUCAGCUGUUGAGCCGUUACCAGGAUGAGAUGGAGCACAACAGCACCACGGGCGCCGCAGCCGGGAGAGUCCGCAGAGCCAUCCCCUGGGCAGACCGUGAUGAGAUCCUCAAUCUACACAACAAGCUGAGGGGGGGCGUCUAUCCCACUGCCUCUAAUAUGGAGUACAUGGUAUGGGACGAUGAAUUGGAACGUUCAGCCACUCACUGGGCAGAACAGUGUAUAUGGGACCAUGGGCCUCAGGACCUGCUCAUGUCAAUUGGUCAGAACCUGGCAGUUCACUGGGGCAGGUACCGCUCUCCAGCCUAUCACGUCCAGGCCUGGUAUGAUGAAGUGAAGGACUACACCUACCCUUAUCCGCAUGAGUGCAAUCCCUGGUGCCCAGAGCGCUGUUCUGGACCAAUGUGCACACAUUACACACAGCUGGUCUGGGCCACCACCAAUCGGGUUGGCUGUGCAGUCCACACCUGUCCAAGGAUUAAUGUAUGGGGAGAAAUUUGGGAAAACGCUGUCUACCUUGUCUGCAACUACUCACCAAAGGGAAACUGGAUCGGAGAGGCCCCCUACCAGCAUGGCCGGCCAUGUUCUCAGUGCCCUCCAAGCUAUGGAGGAGGCUGCAAGGAAAACCUCUGCUACAAGGGAGAUCCAAAUCGCCACGAAACACCUGACAUGAAUGAAGUUGAGAAGCCUCAUAUACCAGUGCAAUCUCGGCCAGCCACUGUUAAACCCAAACCAAAACCUAAACCUGCUGUGCCCAAGAAACCUUCCUCACCCAAAACACCAAGUAGCACCUUCCUUACUCAAAAUAUCAAGUGUGAGACUAAAAUGCGAGACAAGUGCAAAGGGGCAACCUGCAACAGAUUCAACUGCCCCGCCAACUGUCUGAACAAGAAGGGUAAAGUGUGGGGCACACUGUUUUAUGAUGUGCAAUCAAGUAUUUGCCGUGCUGCUAUACAUUAUGGAGUCAUUGACAACAAUGGCGGCCUGGUGGACACCACACGGAAAGACAAGCUUCCUUUCUUUGUCAAGGCAACUAAGAAUGGAAUUGAAUCCUUCAGUAAAUAUAAACCGGGGAAUGCGUUCAUUGUGGCAAAAGUGGAAAAACAAUCAAUAGACUGCUAUACUACAGUUGCUGAGAUUUGUCCAUAUAAGAAGCCAUAUUCCCAUUGUCCAAGAGUACUCUGUCCAGCUAACUGCAAAAAUGAACCUUCGUAUUGGGCUCCAGUGAUUGGAAGCAACAUCUAUACAGAUAACUCUAGUAUCUGCCGGGCAGCCAUCCAUGCCGGGGUGAUCAAAGCCAGUGGUGGCUAUGUGGAUGUCUUGGCGCUGGAUAAGAAGAAGAGUUACGUGGGAACCUUGAAGAACGGCAUUCAGUCUGAGAGCAAGAGCUACACAGAAGGAGGCUCAUUCCGUGUCUUCACUGUUCGGGACUGAACAUUCGGUGCAUGUUCCUGUCCAACGCUCCAGGAGCACACAGGGUCCAUCGUCAUUCCUGAAUGAACAGAGAGUGUCAACACAAGUGGUGCCAUUGCAGCUCAUGUCCCCAAACCUCCUUUGGAGGAAAGAGACAUCCACACAGGACCAAUGGAUAUGUCUUUCUUUGUUUACUAAGAGCACUUGUCAUCUUGUUAAAAGUUGGUGUAAUCAAGGGUGCAAGGAUACUUUCUCAUACUUUUCAAACUUUGGACAUUGAUAUUUUUUUAAGGGAGUCAACACACAGGCAAUGUAUG